AUGAGUUGGAAAAGCGACAUCAGAGUUGUUGUGGGUAUGAAAACUUUGAGGAUUCUGAAUAAAAUGGGUUUUGCUUACGCAAAUAAAGCCAAUCCAGAAGUGAUUACAAAUGAUACGUGGCCAGAGGUAGCGGGUGUAUUAAAAACUAACACAGUUUUGAAAUAUGAUCAAAAUCUCAAGAACGUAGAAGCGUGGGGGCUACCAGCAUUGGCACAAAAAGCUUCACGACGGGCGGAGAGAAACAGUACUUCAAAGCCUGUUGAGUUAUUCAAGCUUCAUUUAGGCAAUAUGCCUGAGAAGGAGAAACCUGUGCUGCCAAAAGGAUUAGAAUUUAAGAGGGCGAUCACAGAUUAUUUAACAGAAAUAG